AUGACAUUACUGUUAUUAAUGAGCGCAACAUCAUGCUUUGGACACGAGGCAUAUGAAUUGAGGGUUGGUUCUCAAAGAACUACAAAUGGUACUUUGAAUAAUAAACUGUAUCUACAUAAUGACUCUUUGAUUAUACUAUGCUGUAUAAUUGAUUUAAAUGAUAACACAGUUGACAAGUCUAAUGUGUUGGUUAAAGAAUUCACUGUUCUUGGAUAUACACCUAGUGUUAUGUUAUACAACAGUACAUGGAGACAGUCAUUCACUUUUCCAAAUUACUAUAUACAGACUGAUAAUCAUACAGUGGAAUGGAAAUUAGUUGUUGACAGGGAGAGAAUUAAUCCUGAUAAAGUACCUAUUCAAUGGAAUGCACUUGUUGAGCUUGUUGAAGGCUCUGGUAUAUUCAAAUCAACAGCGUCAUUACUUGACCUUGAUGCAGAAGCUAUAUUACAUUGGGAUAUUGGUUUAUAUAUUGAUGACAUGGUAAUAGGAGAUAUUGCUGUAAAUCUUACUCAUACUGUGAUAACACAGAGUGUGUGUUCCCCUGACAUUGCUAUAUUGUUUGCAUCCUGUAACGCUGGAGACCAGCGUGUAAGUUUAGUUGUGACAUCCGUGUCGAAUCCACAGAGUCAGAAUGUUUUUCUUAGUCAGCCACCAUUUAUACUAUGGCAUACACCAGUCGUCGACUAUAAUGUCAUUUCCCUUUUAUAUGACAAUGAGAAAGACGCAGUGAUUGCAAUAAAGACAUCAAAGGAAACAGGAUAUAAUAGUCUAUCAGUCACUGAAUGUAAUCACUCAAUGGGUAUAUGCAGUGCACAGCAGACAGCUUAUCAAUCUUUUACAUUUCCUGAAACUUUUCAGCCCCAUGGCAUGAUUCUACAUCCACAGCACUAUGCCCUCUAUGUCUAUGGAUCUCAGGUGUGGUUAUCAUUGGAUGGUGGAAAUUAUUUUACCCAAAUAAUAAGUUUAUCAGAUAAUGAAAUGAUUGUUUCUUCAAUAUCAAAUUACUAUUCUGACAGUAUUUUGUUUGUGUCAAACAAACAUAGAUUGUUUUAUGGAAAAGCUGGACUCAACCGACUAACCCUAAUUAUGCAAUUGGUGGAACAUUCAAGUAUAGUUUUAGAUUAUCUGAGAAAUCCCUAUAUAGUAACAUGGUCAUCAACUCAGUCUCAACUUCAAGUUACUCUCAUGAAUGUGGAUGCAUAUAUUGAGCAAUCACACCAUCCUAUAAUGAACACAACUCUAGCAUUCCACCCUGCUAACUAUAAAGAAGUAUUUUUAUACAACUAUGAUGACAAGACUAGAACUACAUUCAAUAAAGGCAAUGUAUGGCAAAUAAUAAUAUUUGGCAAUGGUGGUAAAAUACUUAUUGUGUCAGUGGAGAAUGUAUCACCAAACUCUGUGUUCACAACACGACUCAGAGGCUUCGUCCUGACACCACUGAAGUAUGAAAAGCGUAUAACUAUGAAUAAUAUUAUAAUGGUGCCAAUUACGAGUGCCAAGUACAACAUUUUGUUUACCAAUGAUACAGAAUUUACCUGGUCAAAUGAUGACAUUGGGAAAACUCUGGUAUGCCCGGGCUGUUGUACUAUACUUAUUACUACUUUUAUGAAUACCAGUCACGUACAAGGAUACAGUGUGUAUUGGUCACAGUCACGAUCCAAACAUUGUUAUUUGUAUAAUCUUGGUGACUGGUAUUUGAGUGAAGAGGAAUGCCAGCAUAUCAUGAUACCAGAUAAAGUGAUAUCUACAAAUCCUGUUGUAUAUCUGGACCAUGGUGAUCAGAGAACAUUCUCUGUGUCUGCUAUUCGUAAAGGACAAGUACAUUCCACCACUAAAUCAUUGAGUGUGAUGGUUAGUAAUACAAAACUGAUCACUGUUGUGUCUAGAACUGUCCAUGAUUACAAUGGUUAUGAAACUGUACACAUUACUGUCAGUAAUAUCAUGUAUAUCACGGGUACAUCAACAGUAACAGUUUAUUUGUACCAGUCGUCACCACGCUGUCAACAGACAUCAUUUACAGUAACAGUACUCUGCACAUGUCCACCAACAAAAAGAUUAGCAUUUGUUUAUCCUUUCCAUAUUAGUAAGGAAGAUUAUCUUCAUGGUAAUCCUGUAAUACCUGAAACUAAUCGCAAGCUGCUUUAUGAUCUUGAGGUUAACUAUAGACCACCAUCUAAAUAUGGUAUCGCCAUACCAACUAGUGAGAAUGUAUAUAAUGUUGAUCCAAGUCAAGCCAUUCCUAGAAAUGCUUACAGGAUUUCCAAGAUAGGUUGGAAGUAUAAACAGUGUGCUGGGAAAUCAAGCAAAGAUGAAUGUUUGUGUACAGAUGAAAUGAAGUUGUCAAAUCUAGCUAGUUACUCAGAUUGUAAACAAAGAGUGUACAGAGUUAGGCAGUCUGAAUCUAUGUUGAAGCUAAAGUUUAAAAUAUUAGAUGAUGACAAAGAAAUCAUAUUAACAGAACCACAUGUCAUUUUUAUAGAAGAAAUUAAUGGUAGACAAGAUUUCUUCACAAAAAGCAAAGCCACUAACAGUUUGAAUAAAAUGAUGAAAAACCAAAGACUGGUAAAUAGAACUGAAUAUUUGAAUCCAACACAAAUUACAAUUAUCAUGGAGGGUUCAGGCUUAUAUCAUUUUAAAGCUACAAUAAUGAAAGGAUUUUCAUAUUGUCAACUUGAAGAUGAAUUUCAGGUUUUUCUAGAUGGUGCUGUUCUGCCGUAUCCACUUCAGAUGAUUGUCAUUAUCACUAUGAGUGUUGUAAUUGGUGGAGCUCUCUUUGUUAUAUACUUAUGGUAUCUCCAUAACCAUCAUACACAUCGAGUUCGUAAAAUAGGAUCACGAUGCCAGGAGAUCAAAUAA